UCGAGAUUUUAAAGAUUCUUGGGUCCGAAUUCGAGAUUAAAAAGAAGAAGAAAACAUUGAAGACUUUUGAAGGCAUCCAGAAUGAGCAAGUAGCUCAAGCAGUCGUCGAAUUCGUCUGCCAAAGCAAUGGUUGGGGCGAUUGCAUUGAUCUGAUCAGAGGACUGAUUACUACUCAUCGAAUUUUCAAACAAUUUGUACCGAUUACUAAAAUGAUCCAGUACUUUCUUGACGUCAAAUGCGUGAAAGGAGCUAUGCUGAUUGGAGAUUGUUGUAGCGUCGUCGAUGACCAACAUUGACCAGAAAGGAGCUGCCGUUCUCAAACAGUCAGAUGUAGCUUUAUACGUGGAUGCAAUUGUAUCUUUGGAGGCGUACCCGGAAGCCUCCAGUCAAGAUAGACUAGCAUCGUUGGUCUCCAAGCUUUCUUCGACCUUGCAAUGCCGUUUGAUGGUGGAAUUGGAUGCCCAGGUCAACUCGCGCUUCAUGGAUAAUGUAUCCUGCCAGUUUAUUUUCAUGGAAAUUUGCGAGACUUUUCUUAGUUGCGAAUUAAGCGUUCUCCUCGCUCCGGACGCUCUUGGACUGCUGAAAUGUUUUAUUCUAAUUGAAAAUCCAAAAUGGCUCGAGUCUUUGCUCUCCAAAAUGAUCAAUGUUCCAGAUCAAGAAGGAACGAUUGGCUUGUUGAUGCAAUUCCUUUCGGAUCAAUCUUUAUGGAAUCUUGCCGAAUCAUCGGAAUCAGGAAAAACGUCACUGAUAUCCAUUUUAAAUCGAUACUCAACGCUGUUAUUCGAUAAAUUGUCAGCCAUUAAAGAGAUUGUCAAGUCACCUUCAAACUUUCAAUGGAAUUACGACUGCGAUUUGCUACUAUCUAGCGUGACUAAGUACAUUCAGUUUGUGAUGCAAGUGAAACGGAACCCCAAACUAGCAGAUCUCCAACCAAUACCCUCCAUCUCGUUGCUGUUGUCUCAAAUGAACUUUGACCAAAUUUGGCACAUCCUUGAAGGCUUUCACAAAUCCAGUAGCAAGCACUGGAAAACCUCUUUCUGCUAUUCUGACGUGAUGCAUGAAAUCUGCGCGUUUGUAGUUUCUGCAAUGAAGAAAUCCGAAGUAACGCAACGAAGAGAUGUAGUCUCAAAUGUGGUCAGAAGCCUUCUUCAUUUUCUCGAAAAUUCAUUGUUGCAAUCGCUGUUCAUGGAAGUGUGUGUAUUUCAAGCUGCCGGAUGCUGGUCCCACGACAUCAAAUGCGAAUUUUUCAGUGAUAUCAUCUCUUCAAAUGAAGUUUGGUGUAAACUAGAUUCUGAUACCAAAUUGGAUAUUCUGAACACGUGUGCUACGCACAUCGAGUCAUGGAUAACUGAAGAAUGCAACAAAUUGGAUGAAAACUCCUGGAUUCUGAAUACCCAAGAAGAAUUGUUCAAUUGCAUUCACCUUUUCUUCUUGAUUGAAGAGCAUCGGUUCGAUCCCAAACAAAAGAAUAUUAUUCGAUCCUUUCAACCGUAUUUGAAAAAAUUGCCACGCCAUCAUCUACGGAAGUUUAUGCUCGACCUCCACAUGUCGAUAGUCACGACGAAGCCCUGCAUCAAGAAAUUCUCAAAGACGGUGACAAAAUUGUGA